CUCUCCUCAGAGAACCUCACAGACGUUCUCCCAGUUCUCGUCCUCAGUUGGAGAUUUACUCAGCGUCUGGAGUCGCCAUCGCCAGUUUCCCUUGGAAGAGCGGUCCUGUGGUGCAGCUGGGUUGGACGGUCAGUGAUGAGUUGUUGUGUGUUCAGGAAGACGGAUCAGUUCUGAUCUACGACCUGUUCGGAUCCUUCAAGAGACACUUCAGCAUGGGACAGGAAGUGGUCCAGAGUCAGGUGUUGGAGGCCAAAGUGUUCCACUCUCCUUAUGGAACAGGUGUUGCCAUAGUAACAGGCUCCUCCCGCUUCACCUUGGCAACCAACAUUGACGAACUGAAGCUCCGCAGGUUACCUGAGGUCCCAGGUCUGCAGGGGAAGCCAUCUUGUUGGGUCGUCCUCACUCAGGACCGUCAGACUAAAGUCCUCCUGUCUAAUGGACCUGAACUCUUCAUCCUGGACAACACGUCAUGCACUGCUGUGUGUCCCCCAGGUCUCAGUCCUCAGGCUGGAAACAUCGUCCACAUGUCUGUGUCCUUUAGCUAUAAGUACCUGGCUCUCUUCACUGACACGGGACACCUGUGGACAGGCUCCUCCCACCUCCAGGAGAAACUGAGUGAAGUCGACACCAAGAAGACGACAACACCCAAACAGAUGAUCUGGUGUCGCAGACCAAAGAGCCAGCAGCCAUCCGUGGUGCUGAUGUGGGACAGACUCCUCCUGGUGGCCGGAGUCUGCAGCGACACCGUCCAGUUCCCCGUGGAGGAUCCGUGCGUUCUGGUCGGAGAACUGGACGGAGUCCGGAUCGUCAGCUCGACCAAUCAGGAGCUGCUGCAGGAGGUUCCUCUGGUCUGUCAGGACAUCUUCAAGAUCGCAUCCAUGGCUCCUGGAGCCCUGCUGCUGGAGGCCCACCGAGAGUACGAGAAGUCAAGUCAGAAGGCUGACGAGUACCUGAGGGAAAUCAAGGAGCAAAGCAUGCUGGGAGAAGCAGUGAGACAGUGUGUGGAGGCAGCAGGUCAUGAGUAUGACACCAACACCCAGAAAUCCCUGCUCAGGGCAGCGUCCUUCGGAAAGUGUUUCCUGACGGACUUCAGUCCUGAUCAGUUUGUGACGACCUGCAGAGAACUCCGAGUCCUGAACGCCGUCAGAGAGAGCAGCGUGGGUCUGCCGCUCACACACACUCAAUUCAAACAGAUGACUCUCCAAGUUCUGAUAGACAGGUUGGUAUAUCGACAGUUUUAUCCGUUAGCGAUAGAGAUCUGUCGUUACCUGAAGAUACCUGAUUAUCAGGGAGUCAGUCGAGUCCUGAAACACUGGGCUUCCUGCAAGGUGCAGCAGAAGGACUUAUCAGAUGAAGCCAUAGCUCGAGCUGUGUGUGUGAAGGUGGGAGACUCACCUGGUGUCUCUUACUCUCACAUCGCAGCUAAAGCUUAUGAAUGUGGACGCACCGAGCUCGCCAUCAAGUUGCUGGACUUCGAGGCUCGGUCUGGAGAACAGGUUCCUCUGCUGUUGAAGAUGAAGAGGAGUCAGUUGGCUCUGAGUAAAGCUGUGGAGAGUGGAGACACUGACCUGGUGUACACAGUCGUCAGUUACCUGAAGAACGAGAUGAACAGAGGAGAUUUCUUCAUGACUCUGAGGAACCAGCCGGUCGCUCUGAGCCUCUACAGACAGUUCUGUAAGCUGCAGGAACAGGACACUCUGAAAGAUCUUUAUAAUCAGGACGACGACCAUCAGGAGCUCGCCAACUACUACGUCACUGCCAGUUACAGAGAGAAGAGGUUAGAGAGCCGUCUGUCUCUCCUGCAGAGCGCUGUCGACGAGUACAACAAGGCCAAGAACGAGUUUGCUGCCAAGGCCACAGAGGACGAGAUGCGUCUCCUUCGUUUUCAACGAAAACUGGAUGAUGAGAAGGGGGCGGGGCUACUGGGACUGUCUCUACAGGCGACCAUAGAGGCUCUGUUGGCGUUAGGACUUCACAAACAGGCUGAACAACUUUACAGAGACUUCAAAGUACCUGAUAAAAGGUAUUGGUGGUUGAAGCUGAAGUCUCUGGCAGAGAAGGAGGAGUGGGAGGAGUUAGAGAAGUUCUCCAAGAGCAAGAAGUCUCCUAUUGGCUACCUGGCGUUUGUUGAAGUUUGCAUCAAGUGUAACAACAAGUACGAAGCCAAGAAAUACGUUUCCAAGGUGGCGCCUGAGCAGAAGGUCAAAGCUCACCUGGCCGUCAGUGACCUGGAGGGGGCGGCAGACGCUGCCAUUGAGCGCAGGAACGAGUCAGAGAUGGCGGCGGUUCUCUCUCGAUGCUCCGCCUCCGACCGGCUGCUGAUUGACAGGCUGAACCGAGCCCGAACCACCGCCACCAAAAAGUGAUCCUCCAUUCACAGUGUAUGCAGGUCCGCUGCCAAAAAGUGACCUUCACUCUCUGAUUGAUACCGGAGUUACAAUGGCAACCAGUUUCUUCAUGUGCGUCAGUGUCAGAUGAUUAGUGAUGACUGAUUGAUUAUUGAUCAGCAGAUGUGACUUAAAGUGGUUUUCUUCUUCUGUGUUUCUAUUUGAACUCCAGCCCUGACCCCUGACCCCUGACCUCAUGUUCCUGCCUUUUCGUGAACUUUCUACUGUUCCACUGUUUCAUUGCAGUCUUGGCCCCAGCCCCUCCCCCAAACAGAGAUGUUCCAAUCAGAGCUCAGUAACUCGUCAGAAACACGAUGAUGAAUCGUCUUCUUCACUAACAUAAACUUUUCUGCUUUGAUAUUGUGGACACUGAAACUUUGAAGGAGCCGGACCUGAGCCAGAUGUUUGCCAUCGUUGACACUCUGAGGUUUAAUUUGUGUCGUGUGUUUGUUCGGGUCGGGAUCAGAUUUAUUUCCUGUUCACUGAGCAGGUCAGGUGAAUCACUUCCUGUCUGGUGUAUCUCAGCUGUCUUCACUUCCUUCCUCCUGUUAACCAACGUUUCCUGUUGCCGCAGCUUCACAUUAAAAGCUUUGUGCCAGAGAACCAGACAGAUGUUUUAUUGUGAAAAAUCCACAGGAAGCUUCCUGUGUGAGGAGCUGAUGUUUUUUCUUUAGUUGUUAAAUUAAAUCUUUUGUUUAUUA